AUGAGAAAGAUCUGGAGUCAGAGAAAAGAACGGGAUAAAAGAAAGAGUUUUAUGCUGAUAUAUUCCAGCAAUGAACAACAAGAACACGAAAAGCCUAACGGCGGGCACGGAGAAAGCGAUGGAGUAGACGAUAUGUCGACGUUGGCAAAUUCGACCAUUGGAAGCAUACCUGAAAGUUCAGCGGAAUCAGAUCAUACAGUAGGAACCAAGAAUUCGGUGAGAUCAGUGUCAACGCUCGCAAAGAACGACUACGACCAGAACAUAGUAAAAAACGCAUGGCUAAAUGCGACGAUAGGAGCCAGUUCUGUGCAUGAUAUGAGCGAAAACAUGUUGAGGGUGUAUAGAGCAGAAUUGAAGGGGUCUCAUAUGUACUUAUACAAACCAACGGUCUUGAACGCCAGACGGUUUCAACUUACCGACGCGACAGAAGGUGCUGAUCAACAGUCGGACAUGUUUAACCAUAAUAAUGAAUCGGGGGUGCUGGAACAGUCUGUAGCGCAGGAGGGUACUCUGGAUGACGUCCCGCAAUUAAUUUACUACAGGAUAGACAUGGCACACCCGGAAUUGAAGUAUGAUUUCGAAAGACGCCAAUUUUUGCCAGGCUCGUCCAUCGAGGCAUUCGUGCACUUUUUAUUAUUUCAAACCCACCCCUCAUAUAAUAUAUCCAUCGACCAAUUGAUAGAGACUUUGCCGUUGUUUCCUGACUUUGGAGUAGUCGCAAGGUUGGUUUUAUCGUUUUUGUCAAACUUGUUUGACUCCAAGCUUCAAGGAGAAUUUAAUGAAUUAAUAAUAACAGACAGAUUAUUACGAUUAUUGUCCAACAUACAAGAUAAUUUUCAAGGAUUCUUAGUUCGUUACGAAAUCUACCCUAUUAUUUUGAAAAUAAUUGAAGUGUUAUCUGGUAACUUGCAGCACGAUGAUAACGUGCAUAAGAUACAAGUCUUCAAGGCUAACUUAGUAGCAAAGCAAAAUUCUAUAAUAGAACUGGUAACGUAUGAUUUACCAUCUGAAAAUCCUUUCCAAGAUUUGAAUUCCAAUGUAUUUAUUAAUGAUAUCAAUUUAAUCGAUUUUUCCAAGACAAUCAAUUUUAUAGAUCUUAAAUUUUUCAAGAAUUGGAAUUCAAAUAUUGAUAAAUCAUUGUUGUUAUAUUCAUCGCUCAAGGACAACAGCACACAAGACUUUUUUUACAAAAAAAAUCCAUUAAUUUUUGAUAAUGACCAUCAUAUUCACUAUUUGUCACGAUUACUAGUAAACCAUUUAUUCAUUGAAAAUAUCAGUGCUAAAAAUAAUAAUUUCCUAGAGAGAAAAGCAAGAUUGCUUGAGAAAUGGAUCGACUUAGGUUGUUUUCUAGAGAAAUCUGGAAAUAUGUCGUCAUGGCUUGGUAUUGCGUCAAUUAUUUUAUCACAACCAACAUUGAGACUAACUAGAAUCUGGUAUCUUGUUUCACCAGAUUAUAUCAGAUUAUUAAAAAAUGAUUGGUCGCCUGUUUUGUUUGAGUUGGACAGAAGAUUUCUUGUUAAUGGCUCAAUUAAUAGUGAUCAAAUUUCUAAAACUUCUGACAGUCUAAAUUUAAAAUUUGAUGAUUUCUCUUCGAGAGAUUCGUACCAUAUAAUGGCACCAAGAGGUUUAGGGAAAAUUUACCCUAAAGAAAAUGUGAUACCGUACUUUGGUGAUUUAAUCAUGAACAAUCAUUCUACUGAUAUUCACGAAUUGGAAUCUAUAUGGAAAAGGAUUAAUUAUUCUUUUAAUAGGUGGAAUGAGUAUUUGUCAAGCUUAACUAACUAUGAUGAAAUUAUAAAGUAUAAUGACGACGUAUUGAGAAGAUAUGAGAAUAUGGGAUUUAUUUUUUCCAAUGAAAGUCUAAACCAGGUCUUAUAUUUGGGGGUCAAUAGUGAUGACACUAAACCGCUACCUGCUAAGUACCAUGAUUCAUCAUCUUCCAAUGUCAAUACUGAUUUGCAGAAUAAGCUAUUAAAAUUGAUUGAAGUUAAUUGUGAUUCUACCAACUUCGAGAAAAUAAUGAAGUUGUCAUUAUUGAUGGAACCUGAAUUACCAGAAUCAUACCUAAAAUUGCCUACUGAUAAUCAAUCCACUAAUUCAGAUAGUCUUAAUGCCACAAUUUCGAGCAUAUCGAUUCACUCAAAUGAUUCACUGAGCUCGUUGAAUGCGCCAAACGACAGUAAUAUUUCUUUACCCUCACAACAACAAUCUUUAUGUGAUAAUCGAGCAUCUAAGAUUCCAACAUUCAAUAAUAAUUAUUUUAAGAUUGCUUUAGCAAAAUACGAUGAUUUGCUUUUGCAAAACAGUCCAAAUGAACAGAAGGCCAAAUUCCAAAGUCUAGAUUCCUCGAUAAUCAAGCAUAAUUUUGUAAUUGAUGAUCAAUUGACUUUACGUGUUGAUGAUUUUAUAAUUGAUUUGGAAUCAUCAUUUAUCAACUCGUCGACAUUGCAGGGCUUAGAAGAUGAUGAUGAUGAUGAUGAAAUGCCUGGUUUAGGGAUUGACGUAGAUGACAUUUUAAAUUCAGACAAGUUCAACAAUAUUGAUAUACAUGAUAAACCGGAUCCAUCAGCAGUACAAAAUGAAGAAACACACAUUAAUAAAAAGAAGCAUUCUAAAAAUUAUAGUCUUAUUUCGAGUGAUUCAUCAAAAUUUUCUCAACAAAAUAAUUACAUUCCAAAAUAUGCUUCUAUUGAUAGAUUAAUUGACUUACUAUUAAUUGAUGCAAAAUAUUUUAAUGAGAAUAUUUCUAUCAACUUGUCAGAAUACAGAUUUGUAUUCUUGUUGAAUUAUAAUUCCUUCAUAACUACUAAAGAGCUUUUGGAUAAAUUGUCUCAUAGAUUCAUUAAUUCUAGUAAUGCGAUUAUUUCAAUCAUGAAAAAAUUAUAUCUUAUAAGAAAUGGGAAUGUUGAUAUUGAGCUGCAAAGUGAAUUUCCUAACUGGAACCUCGAUACAUCUGUCAAUAUAAGUGAAUUAGGAAACGUUGAUUAUGAAGCUUUGUUAGAAAUUCAAACAAACAUUUUGAAAGUAUUAAUUGUUUUGAUUAAUAAUUUUUACUCUAACUUCGUUAAUGAUUUGAUUAAUAAGAAAAUAUUUAUUAAAUUAUUGAAACUAUUCAGCAAUGAAAUUUCGCAGUGGUAUAAUUCAAAUAAGAUUGAUUCACAACUAGAAAAGGCUUUCGAAAAUUUAGUAAAUUAUUACAAAAAAUUGAAAAGAUUAUUUAUUAAAAAGACUUACAGACCAAUUGAAAUGCUGAAAUUUGACGAAUAUCUCAUCAAAGAGUUUCGAUUUAGUAAUUCAUUACAUGAUGUUCCCAUUAAUAGAAAUCUACCGGGGCACAAAAAUUUAAACAAGGUGGAAAAAUUUUUGCAUAAAUUUAACAAAUUAUUGACUACAUUUUAUAAGUUAAUAAAAACGGAAGACUGGAUAAAAAUUUAUAAAAUAUUGGAAAAUCAAUUUGAAAAAAAUUCAUUGCUAGGCUUCAAUCUUCAAAAGACUUCUACAAGUGAUGAUAGCCUUAUUGUCUCAAAUAUUUUUAACUUUUUUGAAUCUCUUUCUGAUCCCCAAGAGAAGCAACUAAUCUUGAAACAAUUCCCACUAGUUUUCCGAAAACUUUUCAAAUUAUACUUCAAGUUUAGAAGUUAUUUGCUAAUCCAACUAGCUGAUUUAAAUAUCACUGUUGAAGAAAGAUUAGAUCGUAUGAAAACAUUGUUACUAAUGCUUAAAAUUUCUAAAUUGAAGAUGAGUGACAAUCAGUUUGUGUUUGAGGGUGAUCAAGAUAACAUUCCAUCUUGUAUUGAAACAGCUAUUACCAAUGUUAUUUAUUUACCGGAAAGUAGACUCUUUGCAAGUUUAUGGAUGAAAGCCUCAAUGAGUUUGAAUGAAAAUUCUACGAAUUCAGCAUUUGAGGAUAUAAAUCUGUUAUUACCGUCAAAUAUAAGCGAAGCUAGCUUGGCUAUUAAUGAGCCUUUGUUACCUUGCUUCGGUUGGAUAAUUGAAAAUUUAAUUGAAGCAAAUAAAUGUCCAAGCUUUCAUAAACAAAAUAUCAACUUCAAUAAGAGGUAUUUGAUUUACAAAAUCAUCAAAGAAUUAUGUGUUGAGGAUAUUGAUGGUCAAGAAUCAAAUGGAUUCAAUUGUCAUGAAAACAGAGAGUUUGAUUUCUUAUUGAAAUUGGACGAAUCACUAGUUAAUUCACAAAAAAUUAAGGACUUUAUUGUUGGCCAAGAAAGAUCCAAGCUAUUCCGGUCUGUUUUACAUGACCAACACAAGAUUUUAACAUUAGAUAAUAAAAAGAAGCAUUUAAGGGAUGGCAGUGGCUCAAAUACAUUGAAUACUAAUCCUACUUCAUCCAUGCAUACGUUAUCGAAAAAGUCAUCGAGCUCCAGCUUAAGGCGUCAAUCCUUAUCUUAUAAAUCAAAUUCAUCUUCGAGGUUUAAAAUCAGUGGAAUAUUUGGAAAAUCAAGGCCAUUUUCUUUGAAUGCAUCAAGUGCAUCAGAAAGGAUUAUAUCUUCUAACGAAUUGCCUAAUCCUGAAUCAUAUACUGAUCCUAAACAGAAACCGUAUUUAAUUAUACCGUUGAAAGGGAAGAAGAUAUUUCCGGUUUAUUCGUUACCAUUUGCUUUUAAAAUUGAUUCUGAUUCACCAAAUGAAGAUUCUUUCUUUCAAGCACCUAAUGAGAGUGAAUUGAAUGAUUGGUUAGUGAAACUAAAUUAUGCUAAUAGGCACUGGUUUUAUUCCAAGAAUUUAAAUCUUAAAUCUAACCACGCUUUCAGUACAUUUGGAAUUCCAAUUGAAGUUGUAUGCAACAGAGAUCAAUCUUCAGUACCCAAAUUUUUGGUAGUAAUUUUUGAAGAGAUUGAGAACGAAGGGUUAAAGGAUAUUGGAAUCUAUAGAAUCAGCUCUUCAGUAAGUGAGUUGAAUCAUGUUAAAUCUAUUAUUGAUAAAACUGGAACUAUAAGUUUUAGUGAUAGAGCAUACGAUCCUCAUACCCUAGCAAGUUGUGUCAAAUCAUAUUUUAGAGAACUACCCGAUGCGCUAUUGAUUGAUCUGGUUAUCGAAUGCUUUUUCAUUUUAGAGAGAGAAUCACCAGAAAAAGCCGACAAUUCGAAUGUUAUUGAAAAUUAUAAACAGAUAUUAAAGAGCCUACCUUCUACGAACUACCACACUUUAAAACUAUUAUUAAGACAUUUACAAAAAGUUUCACGGUUCAGUGAGCAUAAUAAGAUGACCGCAUCAAACUUGGCUACUGUUAUUGGACCAGCCUUGACUGAAGCAAGCAAUUUGGAUUGUUUAAUCAAUAACUUUGGUUUCAUGAAUUCUAUUUUAGAGAAAUUAAUUACUAACUAUGACUAUGUAUUCCAAGACGAACCAUAA